CUCCACGCCGUCGCCAUGCCAGCUUUCGGCUCCGAGCUGCAGCGCCCGCCCUCGCCGCCCGCCGCGCAGGAGCGGGGCGCCGAGCCCCACGGGGAGCUGCAGUACCUGGGGCAGGUGGAGCACAUCCUGCGCUGCGGCUUCCGAAAGGAUGACCGCACGGGCACCGGCACCCUGUCGGUGUUCGGCCUGCAGGCACGCUACAACCUGAGAGAUGAAUUUCCUCUGCUGACAACCAAACGUGUUUUCUGGAAGGGUGUUUUGGAGGAGUUGCUGUGGUUUAUCAAGGGAUCCACAAAUGCUAACGAACUGUCUUCCAAGGGAGUGAAAAUCUGGGAUGCCAAUGGGUCCCGAGACUUCUUGGACAGCCUGGGAUUCUCCACCAGAGAAGAAGGGGAUUUAGGUCCAGUUUAUGGCUUUCAGUGGAGGCAUUUUGGGGCAGAAUACAAAGAUAUGGAUUCAGAUUAUUCAGGUCAAGGAGUAGACCAACUGCAAAAAGUGAUUAACACAAUCAAAACCAACCCUGACGACAGAAGAAUCAUCCUGUGUGCUUGGAAUCCAAAAGAUCUUCCUCUCAUGGCUCUACCUCCGUGCCAUGCGCUUUGCCAGUUCUACGUGGUGAACGGUGAGCUGUCCUGCCAGCUGUACCAGAGGUCGGGAGACAUGGGCCUGGGUGUGCCCUUCAACAUUGCCAGCUACGCCCUGCUCACCUACAUGAUCGCACACAUCACGGGCCUGAAGCCAGGUGACUUUGUACAUACUUUGGGAGAUGCACAUAUUUACCUGAAUCACGUUGACCCACUGAAAAUGCAGGCUACAGAUGAAGAACCAGCCCCAUGGGAGAGGGCAGUUGGGCCUCAAAGAAUGAACAGGAAACAGGUGUUCCACACAGAAUUACAACGCAGAAGUGCGGAGGUGCGUGGAAGGAGACUGCCUGAUUUAAAGCUCACCUGGGGCAUGUGGAGAAAUAAGACGGAACUAAAUAAAGAUGCAGUCAGAUCACGUAAGACUCCAGCGUUAGGAAGAGGAGAUGGGACGGAAGCAGAGAAUUUACAGAGGAUGAAAGCAGAGCUUUAGAAAGUCAGAAACAGGAGCUGGUUGAGGAAAGAGUUCUGGUUUCCACCUGGUUGCAAACUAUCCCCGGCCCAUGUACUUAGAACACAAAGUGAGUCGGCUACCAAGAACCUACCUCUCUAAAUGGAAAAGGACUCUAGUCACUGGGGGGUCUCUGCUGUUACUGCCCCCCGUGGAGAAGUGGAAGCAAAACCAACUUGCCUUCAGUUAUGGAUGUGCCAGGGACAGGGUUCCUAGUGCCUCUGGUUGCCAGAGCAGAAUUUUAAAAGAUCUGGCCUGGAGCGAGGGACACUGCUGAAGUCAAUGCCACGUUACUGACCUGUUUUUAAGGCUUGCAGAGACUGAUAUGAAGUCAAAUAUGAUCAGGUGCUGUACCAAUUCACAGAGGCCAACUCCACCCGCAUGGGGGCAAACAGGAACUAAAAUGAAGACGGAUCUCUAUUUAAUGCCAAGUAGGGCAGAGAGGGAGCGGUGGAAGAGAACCCAUGGUUUUUCUUAUUGCCCACAGGUGAUUAAAAAAUUCAUUAAUAUUUAGGAAUGAGAUUGCAGGAUGAGAAUCAUCAAAGAUUCCCUGAUUAAACCUAAAUGAGAGUUAGAAAGAAAUCAAAACAGCCAAGUGCAGAGGGAACCACAGGUGUCCGAUGGGCAGGGAAAUGAGAUGUGGUCUGCAGCUCCGCGGUGCCCUUACUUUCAAACUUUUUGGCCAUCAGCAACACUGAGAGGUUCUCAUUGACACUUCCCAGCCUGCAGCUGUCAAUCUGGAGAAACUGCAGGGCUUUCACCUGGAGGAGUUGCUUAAAUAUCACUCUAUUGUGGCACUGGAAAUAGAAUUAAAAUAAAACCAACAGAAGAGUCAGCCUUGGCCUUCAGGUCUCUACACCUGGCAACACACCAAUUCCAAGUCACUCAUCAGUGGCCUUCAGGAAGCCCGGACUGUAUUUAUUUUUUAUCUUUUUUGUGAGGAA